AUGUUGAAGGUCGCCGGCGUUUUCGUGGCGUCGUCGCUAGUGGCCCUCUCUUCGGCGGAGAUCACCCGCCUAGCCGUCGGUGGCGAACCACUCUCCUCCCUAGUGGUAUCUGAGUUUUUUCUCCUCUGAAUCUGUUUCUUGUAACCUUGCAUACUGCAUGGUGAUCAAUAUCUCUGUGACGAUAAUUUCAGGCCCCUUUUGCUGCCGAGAUUUCGUCGACAGCGGCCGCUGACAGGAAGAAGGAUGGGGUAUACGUCCCGAGAUUUGACGGCUUGAAGUUUGUAGAGUGUUUGGUGACGGCGCACAGGUAG